UAACAAUCACUAACUCAACAUUUUUCCUAAAGGCUAAAUCUGCAAAUAUGAUGAAGAAAAAGGAAGGGAGAAAAAAAAAAAAAAGAAUUACUUCAUCGCAUACGCCGACCCCUUCCACUAGUUAGUCAAUUGGUCUUCUGUGUACCUCGCUCAAGAACAAAAGUGGGAAUUUUUUCCUGUACCGAGGUAGGUCAUGGAGGAGCUAAUUUUCGUCUGCAUAGGUUUUCUUUCUUGAAUUUUUUGUUCAUUAGGUUGGUCCAAGUUGCAAAUAUGAUUUAUUCCAGCGAUUUUUAAUGGUCAACUUAGUUAAAAGGAUAUUUUUUCCUAUAUUCGACGCAAAGGCUGUGUAGUUUUUGUUUUUUUUUUUUUUUUUUUUUUGUUUUUCUAUUUGGUUCCGGUCAGUUAAAUCAGCAUUUCGGAGAUUUUGAUGAUGCACUUGCACUUUAUGUGUGGAAUAAGAAAGUGAAGUACAAUGAUGGAAAAUGGAAAUUGGGUUUUCGUUUAAACUGGUUCAAUGGUGGUUGCUGAUGCCAAAUCUGUAGCAUUACUAUUUAGCACGAUUUGAUCAAGCUUGGUGAAGCAGAGUUCUUAUUCAUUCUCAUGAGUCCGAGUUGAAUCUCGGUUUUCUUUUAGGUGCUACAGCAAACUUGAGGGUUUCUAGGGUUUAGAGGCACGAAAAUGGAUAGUUCAGGUUUGGGAGGUGGAUUUCUGUCAGGAAAUGGGGGGUUAUUAGAUUUAGAGUCUCCUAUACGACGACCUCAAAAAACCCAAUUGGUUAAUCCCUCAUUGACACAACGCCAUCAGUUGAACAUGAUGAGUAAUUUUGAAGGUGAUCACCAGUCCAUUGGGAUUUUGGACUCGAAAAGCUUGGGACAGAAGGAUUUAUUGAUGGCGUUUAAUAGAGGGAAAGCUAUUGCCUCUGCUUGCAUUACAAACAACUACACGAGUGAAGAAGAUGAGCCAAGUUAUACCGAGGAUGGUGAGUGCUCUGAGUUUUUAAAGGGCAAAAAGGGCUCUCCAUGGCAAAGAAUGAAGUGGACAGAUGAGAUUGUGAGGCUUCUCAUAGCAGUGGUUGCUUGUGUAGGUGACGAUGGCGAGGCUGGAAUGGGAUCGAAGAGAAAAUCUGGGAUUUUGCAUAAGAAGGGAAAAUGGAGAACAGUGUCAAAGAUUAUGCAAAGUAAGGGGUGUCAUGUUUCUCCACAGCAGUGUGAGGACAAGUUUAAUGACUUAAACAAAAGAUACAAGAGAUUAAACGAUAUCCUUGGGAAGGGAACCAGUUGUAGGGUUGUGGAGAACCCUGCACUCAUGGACUCAAUGCCUCACCUCUCAAGUAAAGCCAAGGAUGAUGUAAGAAAAAUAUUGAGCUCAAAACACUUGUUUUAUAAGGAAAUGUGUGCUUACCAUAAUGGACAAACAAUUCCUGGUUGCCAAGAUGUUGAUUUCCAAGGUAAAAUUUUGCCUGCUGCAAAUUUCUCCAAAGGAAAUAAUGAAUCAGAAGAAGCUGAGGAUAGUGAUAGUGAUAGUGACAGUGGUGAAUCAGAUAAUGAAGAUGAUCACUCUCCUGCGGAAAAUAGAUUAUGGUCGUCUGAAUCUCGUGGCAGGGAUAAAGUGAGUGCAGAUGAUGGUCCUCUUUGGUCAAAUUCUGUUGGAAAAAAUGAAUUUGAAGGUCAAAUUGAUGUCUUUCUUUCAGAUCCAACAAAGUCCCAAUGGGAGCGCAAAGUGUGGAUUAAAAAACAGAUGCUACAACUUCAGGAGCAAUGUAACAGCUUCCAGGCUCAAUCUGUUGAACUUGAGAAACAACGUUUCAAAUGGUUAAGAUAUUGCAGUAAGAAAAAUAGGGAUUUGGAAAGAGCGAGGCUUGAAAAUGAGAGGAUGAAACUAGAUAAUGAGCAGAGAGUACUGCAACUGAAGCGGAAGGAAAUGGAACUAGAAUCGAAAAGGUCUGAUUCAGCCGUUGGCCCAAUCCUUGCCUUCGAUAGAAUUCAAGGGAGAGAGCAACUUGAUUUGGGUAUGCAUUGAAAGCAGACGAAGAACUGAGAAAACCAUCUAUAUUUCAGAGCUGUUGGUUUGCAUGAGAUUUUGUCUAUCAUUGUGGAACGAAUCCUUUAAGCCAAAUGCUUGUUAUCAUGCUAACCUUGUAAGCAUGUGUAUACUUCUAUUUCACUUUAGGCUGACCCUUCUUGUUGGCCCUUGGAACUUUCUGCUGUAAAGCUCAAUGAUUAAUGUUUAAGUGGCUUGGUUUUCAUUUUCUACAAAAUUUCUUCUUUCAUUUUUCAAGGAUAUAAAUUUGUGUGACUAUAUGGAUUUAUGUUAACAUGCGAGUCUGGUGAACUGCUUGUUCUGAGAAUAACGUCAAAUCUCUUGCUCCCUUCAUGGACAUCCGAGAUUCUCAGUUUCGGAGAUCACAGACCUUAUUAAAGCUAUCAACAAGAGAAGACUCCCUUUGAAAAGUGCUUGGACGACAAAAUCAUGGCCAUGGAUAAACUCUCCACUCUUCUUUCACUGGUACCGGUUUUGCUGAGAAAAAUAUCUACUUCUGCCGUAGUACCUACCCUCUCCUUCAUUAUUUGAUACAUCAUUAAGUGUAUUUUAUGGACCCAUACAAUUCUUAAAAUAUUAUCUCUGUGAUAAAUAAUGAAUGGAGGUAGUAUUUUCAUA